ACCAGGAGGGACUCAGCACCGGGGUGUCUGGCGGCUGUUCGAGGCCGGUUCAGCCCGGUGUCCGUACCCGAUGUGGGGCUCCGGGCCUGAAUCGCGCGUUUCUCGGAGCCGGGCCCCUCCCGUGGCCGCGCCCUCCGCCGGUACCGGUGCCGAGGUCGUGCCCUCGCAAGAUGGCGGCUGCGGGGCUCUGCCCGUCCCGGGCCCUGCUCGUCCGCCCCGGCGGGGCUCUGCGGGCUCUCGGCGGCUCUUGGCGGGGCCUCGCCGCGGGGCCGGAGACACAUUUCGGCUUCCAGACCGUGACCGAGGCGGAGAGGAGGGAGAAAAUUUACCAGGUCUUUGAAAGUGUGGCCAAGAAAUACGAUGUAAUGAACGAUUCAAUGACUCUAGGGAUUCAUCGGGUGUGGAAGGAUAUUCUCGUGCAUAAAAUGAACCCCUCCCCAGGAACACUCCUUCUUGAUGUUGCUGGAGGAACAGGUGACAUUGCCUUUCGGUUUAUUAACUACGUCCGCGCUUCACGAGAACGGCAGCUCCAGAGGAAGCUUCGGCACCAUCAGAAUCUAUCGUGGCAGGAAAUUUCUGAGAGUUACCAGGAAGACAAAUCUAACUCCCUGGGGGAUUCCCAAGUGGUGGUCUGUGACAUUAACAAAGAAAUGUUAAAAGUUGGGAAGCAGAAAGCACAACAUCUUGGCUACUCUGCAGGUUUAUCCUGGGUGCUUGGGAAUGCUGAAGAGUUGCCCUUUGAUGAUGACAAGUUUGAUGUUUACACAAUUGCAUUUGGAAUCCGAAAUGUAACUCGUAUUGAUUUGGCACUCCAGGAGGCCUAUCGUGUGCUGAAACCAGGAGGAAGAUUUCUCUGCCUUGAAUUCAGUCAUGUCAGCAACCCUCUUCUUUCCAGGCUCUAUGAUCUGUACAGCUUCCAGGUUAUCCCAGUUCUGGGUGAGGUUAUUGCUGGUGACUGGAAGUCUUACCAGUAUCUUGUGGAGAGCAUCCGGCGCUUCCCCCCUCAGGAGGAGUUUAAAGCAAUGAUAGAAGAUGCAGGGUUUUUUAAAGUAGAUUAUCAGAAUUUAAACUUUGGCAUUGUUGCCAUUCACUCAGGUUUCAAACUGUGAGUCUACCAUAUAGCAAAGCACAGGAAGUGUAAUUUUCCUAAGGCAUGGAGGGGCUGGAAUUUGAACACUGUCAAGACUGAAGAGGAGUUUAAAAAACUUGUGCAACACAUACGUACUCAGCAGUUGGGCCCAGAACAUCCGCUGCCUUUUUUACCCCAAGGAUCCUGUAAAUGAAGGCACACCUGUGACUUUUCUUUCAUUUGCAUUUCCCUUCAACAUAAAGGAUGUGGCCAUAACUGAGCCAUGCACACAAAUGAAGCAACUUCAGUUCUUCAGCUACCAGUGGUGUGGAUACAGAAAUAGACUGGUCUUUGAAUCAGCUGCCUCCAUUUUCCAACUGAGCUUCAAGGAGGCAAUCAUACCAGUGAGCAGCAACUUGGAUUGAUCAGAUUUUUGUUAAGCUGGCAUUAUCUUUGUCAUGUGGACUCUAAGGGAUUUUCCCCAUGAUUCCUUCACUUCUUUCAAAGGUAAAUGGAAGGUUUGUCAAAUAAACAGCUCUGAAUCAA